GCAGAAAUCCGACGCCGUUUGGGAUCUUCACGCGAUAAAAAACGAGGAGAAGUGGGCGUCAAUAGGACGAGGAAGUUGGGAGUUCAGUCCGACGAGACCAGUUGCUGAAAUUUAGGGUCCAAGACGAGAGAACAAACUCCGAAACCUUGAUCGCGUUAAUUAUCUCUCGAUCGGCUUUCCGUUAAGAUUUUGUGUGGAAAUUCGGGUAUGGACACGAGGUAGGGGAAAAUCAAGGAAGGGGCGGUGAUGAAAUUUAAAUGCAGCUGGAGAAAUCACGUUCCACUUUUUCUUUCUUUUACGGUUGUUCAAGGUUGUAGUUCUGUCACGGAAAUUUUGACUGCAAACCGCUAAUUAGAUUUGUCAAUCGACCGGGUUAGGGCCGGUGUAUCGUUAGAUAAAUUUCAACUUAAAGGGAAAGCUACCAAAUUCAAGCCAGGAAAGUUACUUGCUUCUUUUAUCAUUGAAGCUACUUGAUGGCAGAGAAAGCAUGUGUGAAACGCCUCCAGAAGGAAUAUAGAGCACUUUGUAAAGAACCUGUUUCCAAUGUCACAGCUAGGCCUUCCCCAAAUGAUAUUCUUGAAUGGCAUUAUGUACUAGAGGGAAGUGAAGGAACACCUUUUGCAGGUGGUUAUUACUAUGGGAAGAUCAUGUUUCCUCCAGAGUAUCCAUUUAAACCUCCUGGGAUCAGCAUGAUUACUCCAAAUGGACGUUUUAUGACACAAAAGAAAAUCUGCCUGUCUAUGAGUGAUUUUCACCCAGAAAGUUGGAACCCGAUGUGGUCUGUAGCAAGCAUACUUACAGGACUUCUCUCAUUCAUGAUGGACAACAGUCCCACAACUGGCAGUGUUACUACUACUGUGGCUGAGAAGCAACGGUUAGCAAAUUCUAGUCUUGCUUUCAAUUGUAAGAACCCGACAUUCAGGAAAAUUUUCCCAGAGUAUGUGCAGAAGUAUGAACAGAAGCAGCUUGCAGAUCAGCGUGUGGAGGAGCACGAGUCUACUGCGCAUAAUUUGAAAUCUAAUUCCAGACCUUUGUUGGAGAAAAUGGGCAAUUCUAAGCAAGAGGAGAACCCUAAGAGGGUAGAAGGCCCAAGGGAUCUGAAAAAUGCCAGGAAACAAUCUAUCCCAACCUGGGUGCUGUUGGUACUGUUUUCCAUCUUCGGUGUCGUAAUGGCCCUGCCCCUGCUUCAACUGUGACAGUAAGUAGAGAAUGGAGGAGGGACACCAUAUUUAGGGUGGUUAGCAGACAAACAGGCCUCUGCAAUUCAAUGGAACCCUGCUGAGUGCUUGACGUCUGUCUGAGGUUUGUGAUUAUAUCUAACUGAACUUGUAUAGGCUGGUGAUGCAAAUGGGGGGAGAGGGUCGAUUGCGAUUGGACUCUAGGCCGAGACGAUGGUUCUCUUUCCAUAUAUUCUACUGUUGUCGUUUGGUUUUGUGAACUUAGGUUUGACCAGUACAAGCUUGUGAUCACACCACCUCCACGACCACGUUCUAUUUAGAGGUUUUUGUUAUUAUCUUUUUUUUAGGAUGACUACCCUUUAUGCGGUCUCCAGCUUUCGUGCCCUCAAUUCUAGUAGAAGAGGUAAAUUACAGGUGUGAAGUUUUGUUUCA